ACCUCCACUACGUCCGCUGUGUGGCCUGAGCCCGUCUGUGCCACCGUCGUAUAAGUAUUAUCUGCCAUGACCGCGUCCGAAGCUGAGUCGAGACAGCUCGGGUCUCCGUUCCCACCACGCCAAACUCGGAUUGAAGCGCCCAAGCCAUGGCUACCGGUUUAACGGACCGCUUCGAGACUCUCAAGCAGAAGACUCGCCUGCACGGCGACGAAUCUCAGCACGAGCAGACCGACCGAUGGAGCAACCGUGAUCUCAUCCCCUUACCGCCGAGCCGAAGAACAUGGGGAUGGUUUCACUUUUUCGGCUUCUGGACGCUGUCUUCGUUGAACAUUGCCAAUUGGCAGACGCCAAAUAGUUUCUUGACUCAGGGCCUGUCCGUCCCGCAGUCAAUGGCCGUCAUCGUCGUCGGACGUGCCUUGAUCUGUUUCUUCGCGACCCUAAUCGCUUGGUGCGGACUGAAAUGGCACGUCGGCUUCACCGUCCAGAACCGAUACACGUGGGGGAUGCGCGCAAGCUACAUCCCGCUCCUGCAGCGCAUCCUACUCAACUUCAUCUGGAAUGCGAUACAGUGUUGGAACGGAGGACGGCUUGCUGCGGUAUGCCUGACGGCUAUCUGGCCGUCGUAUGCCCGGAUGCCCAACUUCUUGCCUGACACCAUCCCGGCCACCGGCGAUCAGUUCGUCGGCUUCAUCAUCUUCUGGCUCUUGUCGACGCCGCUCUUGUGGAUCCCCCCCGAGAAGUUCAAGAUCCCCUUCCUGUUUACGUCCAUCUAUACUGCCGUCGGUAUGAUUGCUAUGAUGAUUUGGGCGUUGGCAACCGCGGGUGGAGUCGGCCCCCUGAUGAGCACCGGCGUGGCCCUUCCCGAGGGUUCCAGGUGGAAUAUAUCGUGGGUCUUGAUGGCCACGAUCAAUCAAACGAUUGGCAAUGUCACCGCUGGUAUCACCAACGGGUCCGACUUCUCACGUUAUGCGAAGAAUCGGAGGUCCUAUAUCAUCGGAACGAUCACAUCUGGCUGGAUCACGGGCGUCAUCGUGUCCGUCUUGGGCCUGGUGACCACCAGCGCGGCCCAGAGGAUCUACGGCCAGGUGUACUGGAACCCGCCGGACCUCCUCAUGGUCAUGAUGGACAACGGGAACGGCUCUUCGGCAGCUCGGGCGGGCGUGUUCUUUCUCGCUUUCGGCUUUGGGCUGACUAACAUGUUUGAAAACGUCUGCGGGAAUGCAGUGGCCGGCGGCAUCGAUCUGGCUGGGCUGUGGCCUCACUACAUCAACAUACGGAGAGGUGCCAUCAUUACUUUCCUCGCCGCAUGGGUCGUCCAGCCUUGGCAGCUUGUCAACAGGGCGAUCACCUUUAUCCAGGUCCUCAGUUCGUUCUCGGUAUUCCUGUCGCCCAUGAUUGGCAUGAUGGCGGUCGACUUUUACCUCCUUCGCGGACGUAAAAUCCGCCUUAGCCACCUGUACUCCGGGUCACGUUCCUCCUAUUGGUACUGGAAGGGAGUCAACUGGCGAGCGAUCGUGGCGUGGCUGUGCGGCUGGGCACCAACCAUCGGUGGUCUCGUCGUCACUGUACGAAAUGAUGCCGAUGCGCCGGGCGCCUUGUUUCAGCUAUACUUCAUGGCCUUCUUCAUAGGCUUCUUUAUUAGCGGAGGCCUCUUCUUCGUCUUGAACAAGAUCUCCCCUGUUGCAGGAAUGGGAGAGUUUGACGAGGCCGAUAUGUACGGUACUUUCACCGCGAAGGAGGCAGAGAGGUUGGGCGUCGUUACUGCGGAAUUUCAUACGGAUAUCUAUGACAGCGGCGAAAUUUCUACGGCUCGGGACACACUUGAGAAGGAGUAGAGGCUGCGACCGAGAGUUUCACGAAGAUGACGCCGAUACAACAGCCCCGACCGUUAUUAGCUCAAGUCCACUCACCACCUAAGUGAUAUAAUUUGAUAGUCGUCUAGACGCUCAUGUGGGCAUCUUCGGCGUACCUGACCACGUAGAACUUUCAACACAG